AUGUCCAGCACGGCUGAGAGCCUCGGGUUCAGACUUAAGCGCAAAGUGCGCAACGCUGAGACCAACUUGUUCGAGUGGACACCAUGCAGCUGCACAAUCGUGGCACGAGACGGAAAGCUCUUACUUGAACUGCAGUCCCCACCACGAGGUGAAGAAAGCCAGGAUGAAAGCGAUAGUGAAACUGAGAUCAUCACUAUCGACUUGGCCACGCAGCUUCUCAAUGUCGUGCCCAAGAAGAAUAAAGCACGAUGCGACCUCGAGUACUACCCACCAGUGGCUACUAUGAGCGGAGACGUCUUGAAAGAAGAGCUCAUGGCACCGUCGGCUGCUCAAUGCCAGCAGUGGAUGACGCAGGUUCGACGUGUCCAGCAGCAAGCUCACCAGCAACGAAGACCAACUUCCAGCUCUUCAACCAGAUCCGGAGCUUCACCUGUUGCUCCACUACCUUCACCUCUUACGAGUGUUGCCGAGCUAACCGCAAGUAGAGAGAGCAGGAUGUCCACAAAUGAUGCAGCAACACCGUCUUCUAUGCAGUCCAAUAUUAUUAGAGAUCACUCCCCAUUGAGGAGACGAGGCUCUUGUGAAAUGUCAAGUUCGGAGCUAGCACAACCAGAGGUGGAGACUAUACACGAAAACAUGGCAUCAGAGAUCUCUGAUACAUUACCGGAACGUCCAGCAGUCGUCUGUCGAGUCCGCGAACGCUGCGACGAUCGACCCGCAGUCAACAAUAGCGAUCUCGACUACACGGUUGAUUCUUCCGGUGGCUCACCUCCGCUCGUAUUCGAGCCUGCACACUCAGCUUCGAUAUCGUCAAUCUCUUCCGUCUCAACAGCAAUACCGCCGACAAGUGAGUGGCGUAGAGGAAGCGGCACUCGAAUUUCUAGUCCCGAAUACUCGUCCUCCGAAAGUGACACGCCACAUUCUCCACAUCGAUCUCGUCGAUGCAGAUCUACCCACAACGUGAGAGAUUUUAGUGAGAACAACAACUUUGGUAGCGAUGAUGACCACGAACCUACACAAUACAGAAGACGGGGUAUCCGACGAAGCGCUGCGUCCGACGAGAGACACAAGGGAGGCGUUAAACUGACCACUUCUUCGUUAUCCUCGCCAUUCCGCAUAUCAGCACGGACACUGCAGUCCUCACGGCGCAGUCGAGAUCCUCCAGUAUAUGAAGAAGGCGCGUCCUCACAAGCCGAGCUGCACAUUCUUCAGCGCGUUGAGGCCGCACUACGUGCGCUUGAACUUGAGAACGCUCAAGCCAAGGCACGUGAGCGUGAGCUUCUACAGGAGAUCCAAACUCUCCGUGACGGCGCACGAGUGGCCGCUGCAGAACGCAAGCACACGGAGCACGAAUACCGACACGCACGACGCAAGGCUGAGUCGUGGAAACGCGCUGCUCAAAGUGCCGAAGCAGCAGCAGCUCAACUGCAAGAACAACUAGGUAUCGCACACGAAGAGAAUCAACUCUUGGCCGCCGAGAGACUGCGACUCAAACGCCAGAACAACGAGCUUCUCACGCAGGUGCAUCGUCUGGACUCGCUCGUCUACGGUCGGUUCUAAGGCGUUUAUCAACACAUAGACCCCCGAAUUAGUCAACUAACACGAAGAAUUACGUACGUGGAGAGGAGAUCAGAUCGCCGAGGACUCGUCCAGUAAUUGAAUUGAAAUUUGAGGAAUCUUCAGCGAUCUAGUAAUUGAUCAUACAAAUCCGCUGCCGGAGCCG